AUGGGGCUGCCAACGAAGAUUUCCUUCCUGCACUUUGCGAUGUCAGUUUUGUUACUUUGCGAAGUAACUUUGCUAAUAGAUGCAGCAAGAGGCUACUAUCCCGGAAAAAGACCUUCGGCAAGUGCUUACAGGUUCCGAAGAAAAGGUACCUUACACUAUUUAGAUUGAAAUAUUUUCUUUAAUUUUACACCAAAGCAAAUCAAAUAGAGCUGAUGCUUGUCAGGUGAAUUUUAGGCCGGUGAUCCACGGUUGGGACCUUACUGAAUUGUCAAACUGUAGUGGUAAAAAGUGGUCAUGUAAAUGGCCACAGCGAGAAAUCAAGUUUUACACUAAAAAGGUUAAGAGCACCCUCUUACAGUAUCAUAAACACAGCACCACUGGAAAGCUUCAGAUUUCGCGCAGCUCACGGGAUUUGGGGGCAACCUGACAAACAUAUAACACACGAUGCGAGAGUACAGUAUAAUCGAUGUCUUAUUCCCAUUAGUAAUAAAUGGAAAUAAACGAUAAAUAGAAAUUGUAGCUAAAAAUGGUAACUAAAAUCAAUCUGAUGAUAACUAAAAACAAUUUCACUUGAGCUCAUCAGCUGAUCAGCUCAUGCGAUGACUUUUUUCGACUUACUUCACUGACUUGAAGAAUAAUGUCAUACCGAACAGUGUAACGUUUCAGGCACACUAUAAAAUAAAACCGUUUUCCUAAAGGAUUGAAGAAGAGCGAUGUGAUGAGUUUGAGAAGAUCGAUGAUCAGGGUCACCCUUCUUCGUUUUCUGCAAGUUGUAUUGAAUUGAUUACUACAAUCAUGAUAGUUCCUAUCGAGCGGAGAACACACUUACGCUUUACUGCUGAAUUAGUCUGAAAAUAUCUCCGCAACUGGAAGUCAAUUGUAGCUUUUAACUGACCCACAAACCGGUUUCCUCAUGAGAGAAAACUUUGAAAGGCAGUAAAAAUUUCCCCUUAUUCAAUUUGUCCUUCUUUCAUAGUCGAUGACAUUUUUUCAUCUGAUCCUUAGUAGAAUUCAUGGUUUAAAAACUCUCAAGCAUUAAUAGUUCUGAAUGGUUUGCAUUUAACGAAAGUCGGGCAAUUUUUAAUUUUUUUCGCAAGUACGAGUAGGCGAGAAAAGAGCACAAACACAAACGGAACUGACGUUUUGUUGGAGUUUACUAUUAAAUAAUUUCCACAUUAAGCUCAAUUACGUACCUAAUUAGAUUUGACCAGGAGGUCAUUAUGUGGUAAUCCCAGGGCAGACAUCAAUUAUAUAUCCCUUUCAAAAGACCCAAUAAGGGGAAAUCUCGUUUUAAGUUUGUUAAGGCGUACGAGUAAGCCAAGCGAAUCGAUAUUCAACUCAAACAUAUAUUUUAAAUGAAAUCUUAGAAGCAGAUGUGUUGCCACCGAUUUUGUAAUUUUUCCGAGCAAAGGGCUAAAUUUUCCCAGUUAUCACAGUUUCCGAUGAAAGCGCUUUUCAACAGGGGCACCCAACUAGGAUAUAGUUCAAAACCACUUAGCAUAGCAUUGUUGAACGUAUUUUAGUAUUCAAACGGUAGGUAUAGGCAUAUUUUUAUCCCCUAAAAGCUUUUCAUCUGUUCGGAUUUCCUAGCUGAAAGUCUAGUGAUCCGAAUCGAUCGAAUCGAAUCGAUCUCGAAAAUUUCAGCCAGGAAAAACUCUAGGUGCCUUUUUUUAGGGUCAAAAUCCGUUAGAAAUGGGUAAUUAUACCAUUUUGUAGAUGUUCGAAAAUCCUACGAGAGGCAGGCAAGCAAGAAAUUUUACAGCAAAUGCUCCAAAAAUUCUAGAUCUCAAAUCGUCUUCCGAACAGAUAUUUUCCCGAAAAUUGCCGUUGGGUGCCUCUGUUUUCAACAUCACGUUUUAUUUGAACGUUUAUUGUUUGUUGAUUUUGGUGUUUCCAUUUUUUUCCAGAUACAGAGUUGGGUUUUUAAAUAAAUAAUGCCAUCUAAAGCGUAUUAAAAAUUGAUAUUAAGGCUUUAAAAAGGGAAAGGAAAGAAAAAUCAUGGACAGGAGCUCAACGGAAUAUUCAGCCUUGCUAUGAUGAUUGUCUUUAGAGUUAAACAUCCGGGGUAUGCCUAAAAACAUUUGCUACUGGCCUCAAAUCAGCAAGACACUGAUGAAAAAUACAAUCCACUGACUUAUCGAUGUUGAUUGGAUAAAAUAAUGGCUAAAACCCUUUUAUUCACAAAACUGCCAAAAAUAAAACUUUAAGAAAGAAAUCCCAAAUCUCAUUUUGAUAACAUAAUUACGAAAUGCUCAGCCGAUGGGGUUUCAUGCAUUAAGGAGGCUUUAUGUAUGGUUGAAUUUUUUUGAAAAGCGUAUAAAGUUGGCAAUGAAAAAUGAAGGCACGCCAAGAGUAGACCGUCUGGCCUUUGUCAACUAAUAUUCUCUUUAAAUUUUAAUUGCCAGUUUACCUUGAAGCUUCAAAAUUUCUUUUCUCCCCAUUUUUCCUCCCAUAAAAUACUCUAAAAAUUAUCCAAAAUUUUUCAGCAUGUAGUUGUGACAAGAACUAAAUACGCCUAAUUAAGACAUUUAAUUUUCGAUGGAACUCGGAAUUCUCGGCGAGUUUUCAAAUGAAAACCGAUGAAAUAAUGGAAGGAGAACAAAUCAAUUGAGAGUAAUUGCCCUUAAAUGGCCAAGCCAAACAUAAACCCAGAAUGAAACCACAUUCCGUAAAUUGCGAUCGAAAGGAAACGGUUUUAUUGGAAACUACUUCAUUCACCACAGUAAAGCCAUAAUGGGCUUGGCAUUAUGGCUCUUGAAAGCACUUGAAUGUCGAAAGAGGUCUAUUGUCCUCAAAGCGAUGGUUUUUUUUAAGAGGCCAUUAACGUCGUUUUUGUUAUCAAAAAUUAUGAAGAGAAGGACAUUGCCAACAUUUUUAAAAGGCUGCUAUGCCUCAUCAUUGAUCGGAUGUCUUAAGUUAAAGAAGGACUCAUUAGAUGUUACUAAAUUAAAAAGUAAAUAAACUCUGUCAAAGACUUCGACUCUCCUCUUCAGCAAAAUAUUUUCUGAGCUCAUGCUUUGAUUCGACACUUUCUGUCUCGGCCGCGGAAUAUGAAUAUAACUUUUUGGUGAAAUUUUUGUGACGAUGCUGAUAAUACGUGUAUACAAGUUGAAACCUUUCUCAAUUUCUCACAACGACUUUGUAUGUAGGGGAGGAUCAAACACACACAAUAUCGGCUAAUGAAAUAACACGUUGUGGCUUUUUGACUCAUGCUUUUUCAAAAUAGAUUUUAUUAGAGCUUGAGAAAAAAAACCUUUUUGGGUACUACGAAUGUGAGAUUCUUAAAAGAGAAGAUGCGUAACAUAAAUUGAAUUUUCUUUUAAGAUGUCAAAACGUUGCCAUAACAGGGGCACCCAACGGCAAUUUUCGGGAAAAUAUCUGUUCGGAAGACGAUUUGAGAUCUAGAAUUUUCGGAAGAUUUGUUGUAAAAUUUCUUCCUUGCCUGCCUCUUAGGAUUUUCGAACAUCUACAAAAUGGUAUAAUUACCCAUUUUCAACGGACUUUGACCCUAAAAAAGGCCAUCUAGAAUUUUCGGGAGCCUUUUCCUGGCUGAAAUUUUCGAGAAGGUAAGUUUUUAUCCCUAUAAUUUUCGGAUCACUAUACUUUUAGCUAGGAAAUCCGAACAGACGAGACGUUUUUAGGGGAUAAAAAUAUGCCUAUAUCUUCCGUUUAAAUACUAAAAUACGUUCAACAAUGCUAUGUUAAGUGGUUUUGAACUAUAUCCCCGUUGGGUGCCCCUCCCAUAAAUGUGACGGUAAGUUUGUGUUUUUCUGACCAGCUCAAAACCUCAGAGACAUUCUGAGAAAGUUGUCUGAGAAUGUCGAAGGGGCGCUGUUAUUGUUACGGUUUGACCGGGCUUUAUGAGUCUUUGAUGAUCUGUUAUUUCAUUUUUUAGGAUGCAAGGAUGAAUCAAGAGGACGCGCUACUUGCAUUAAGCUUGUUAAGGAGAUGGGUAUUCAGGUGUGCUAUACGGAUGUUGCACCGCUGAAAGCAAAAUUGGAGAGAAGCUGUGGGGAAACUUGCAAGUUCUGUAAGCACCACAAAAUGAUGAUAUAUUCGCAAGAGUUUAAACGCUAGACCCAAUAGACCUUUCAACUGUUUUUUUUUAAACUGAGUUUUAUUAAGAUCACUGAGAGAAUAUCAAUCAACAGUGGUGGCAAGAGUGCCUUGAAAUUAGUAAACUUACAAAAUUCUAAGGUGAUACUUUCAGAACAGGUUUUGCCACACAAAGUCGCGUGUGUGUGGUUGAGGGCUCGAAAUUGCCACCAUACAACGUCUAUGAGAUUUCGGGUCACCUGCACGGUGUUUCUCUUAUAGAAGUGAUAGGCCAAUAGAAAUAAAACUUUCAAAUUUCUCGUUAGGUGGAGGCCGCCCAAAAGAUUGUAGAACAAGUAUUUACGGUUGUUGUUGGGAUGCAUACACACCCCGUGGGGAUGUCUACGGAAUUAAAGGAUGCCCAGGUAAAGUCCUAAUACAAAGAGAGUAAAAAUGAUGGCGAAACACUACUAAGAAUGAAAACAGCGAAUAAAAGAAUGAAUCACGAACGAUGAGACCCAAUGAGUUUAUGGGUUUAAAUUUAUUAGUUUAUUAGUAAAACGUACAUCAUGUAUUACAAGCUCUCCAUGCGGCAGAGCUUCCAGAAAGUGAGGGCUUCACGUUUUCUUGGCGACAACUCCAACUUUGAGCAGACGUUUUCAGAAAUCUCUUUAGAGUGCGUCCACAUUGCCAACAUAGCAAACGUUUUAUCAGUGUGAAGAUAACUAUCUGAAAAUAAUUAAAACCAAGAAUGGAUAAGCUCGUAAUCCCCGGAUGAGAAUUAUCGCCGGCACGACACUCGCUGAUUAUGCAAAUAAAAUUGUUGCGUGAACUCUUCACAGAAAGCUCUUAGGGUUUCAUUGUUGAGGUUUAUGAUUUAAAGUACGUAACAGCGUUUUCUCAAUCGAGUGUAGACCUAGCCUCCCCGCAGACUUCCUUUGCCGUUCGUUCGUCACGCAUUCAUUCACUCUUACCCCAUGCGUGACGAACGAACCCCAAAGGACGUCUGCGGGGAGGCUAGUGUAGACCUAACUGUAUAACAUAUGUCUCCAAAGAAACAACUCAUGCAAGCAACUUGUGCGUAGUGUUUCCUCGGGGUGAAAAAAAAGGAAGUUUUUAAGGUCGGCUUCAUCUCGUGCUGUCUGUCAGGUGAUUUGGCAGCUAUAUGUAGUCAAAAGGAGGGUAUCACAGGCAUGGAAGCGCUCACAUCAGACAGAGGAUGUUUAAAAAUGCUUAGAAAAACUGCUUACCAAAAAAUUUCUCUCCAGUGAAGUGCAUACGACUGGUUGAAAAGACUUUUUGGGAACAUAAACACACAUACAGGGUUAACACGAAGCAAAUUGUGAAUGAUUCCGAAAUUACAGUCAGUUUUAACUUUCAACAUUUCUAAGCAAAGAUGUGUAGACUAUUAUGUUUUUUAUUGACACGAAUAAAUUUCCUUUUGAAUCUUACCUUUUUUAGAGUGCAAAAAUCAUCUUCGAUUGUGUAAACGAUUCAAAAAAUUCUGUGGUCAAGACUCUGAGAACGGAGCAUUUAUGGACCUUCACUGUCCCUUGACAUGUGGGAGAUGCCGGACAAGAAGGGGUAUGAGGAUUAGUGGACAAAAGAUCAAGAUGUCUGACUGGGGAAAACUUUGAUCAAAUAAAGGUAAGUCACAGUAGUUACUGUGAUGUCGUGUCCAAAGUAAGGGAGUCCGAAAUCUGGAAUCCAGGAAUUUUUUCUCUUGGAAUCGGGAAUCCGUGCUUUGGAGUUCGGAAUACAGGUCCAAAAUUCCGGAUCCCACUAUCGAUUGGAAUCCAGAAUCCAAGUUCCACUGACAAAGGAUCCGGCUGAUCCAUUACCUGGGAUCCGAAAUCCGUGACUUGUAUCCCAGAAUCCAAGACUGUCUUGAAUUCCCUUACAUGGGGCGAACUGUCACUGAUUACGGUUGUGGCCUCUUAAAAUGUGCAAACAAUAACAUCAUGUUACAGGCGGGCACCACUUACACUGGGGAACGCAUAUGAACUGGUCGAUAUUUCGUACGUGUAACCAACCAAAUAAUUAAUCACCAGAUUACUUUUGAAAAAGUUGGGAAACAUUAUUACUUUUAAGUUCUGUCCUUCUGUUGUUUCACUUGACUUUUGUGCAAGAUUUGAUAUUCAGUAACAAUUUGUGUGCGCGCAGUCAAGAAAUAGCCGGACGACUGUGUUAAAUUGUCUACUGAACAACGCCCACAAACGUAAACGAACUAAACGCCAGCUGGUGCAGCCUCUGCUGGCAGGUUAAAAAGAAUGAUUUGUUAACUGGAUCUCUGUUUAUCUUUAGCGGGUAAAGCAACUGAACUGGAAUAUUCAAGAAGAAAUGAAGAUAACACCCUCUGAGAUGACACAGUACUUCUUCUGGAUUUUCGAUGUUUGAUUGAUCACCAACCUCUCACAGUAUCUUACAGUUUGACCGAUAUUAUGGUCACCCAAUGAUUGCAACUAACUCAGUGCAAAUCAAUUUUUGUUCCAGUUUGAAACAGGCCACGGAUGAACAAGGCUAUCAAAAAAAUAUAUUUGCUAAUUGUAGUUUAAUGUUUCACCACAAAUAAGGCCCAGUCCACAUAAUCCGGAUAUUUUUUAAAAUAACCUCAUAUUUCUGACAAGACCGGCCUUCUCUCCACACGAAACCAUUAAAUUCGCUCAUUCAUUCAUCCGCGUUCUAUUGUGAAAAAAAAACAAAACAAAACAAAACAAAAAAAAACAUGCGGGUUCAAAAGUAUCCGAAUUCGUGUGGACGGCCUAAUAUCAAAAUGAUAAAAUAAUAAAACAGCCAUGGAUUUACAGUACAUGCAACUGACAAACUAUCAUUAAAAACCAUUCCACGUAUGUCUAUGUACACAUAUCUUUUUAAACAGAAUUGUGGGCUAAGUUUCAGUUUUGACUUUAUAUAUGUAACAUAUUAAUAUUAUAUAAAGAUUUUCAGAUUUUAUCAUUUUCAUUUUUUAAAUUGGUUUUCACAGCAUUUCCAUAUUUUUUUAAGCACAAUUGUAGAUAACAUAUAUAGCCAGGUAUGUAUAAAAUAAGGUCAUGUAAUCUGAGUCAACACUUUUUAUAAACAUUUGAUGUAAAUUUUUAUCAUUUUUUAUUUUUGUUUUCAAAGCGCUAUGAUCCAUAGGAAGUAGCGCUAGAUAAAUAACAUUUACAGUAUCAUUAUAAUAAAUCAUUAAGGGCCGUUUCAGUUAGAUGUUAUAAUUUUCCACGAAGUGUGUGUAUCACACUGUAGAGAAGUGAAGAAUAAAGUUGGCUGAGAUGACGGUCUGAAUAUGCUCAGGGUAUAGUCGAGAAACAACUCAAAAGGAGGCAAAACAUCUUCAGUUUCAUAAGAAAAGUAAAUGAGUUAUAAUGGACGCC